UUACAGGCGUGCACCACCAUGCUCAGUGUAAGAAUUGUUCUUAAUCAGUGUGAUCGGGUACCAGGAUGUAGGGCCGACUGACAGUUGAGCAGCUUCUCUUGCACUACGAGGUCCAUGCUGGUGGACCCAAUAGUCUGGGACCAGUGAGGUCUUGCUUUCAAAUGCUUUUCUGUCACCCAUGACGGUCUACCUGGGGCAGCCGAAGUCACUGCAGCACUUGAGGGAGUAGGUCCCCCACCCCGGGGCAGCAGCCUCUUGUUUAGACACUAAGCUGUUAGCUACAGCAUACCUGGCUUCUGCCGAAGGGUUGCUGCUGGAGAAAAGUCAGCAGACACCUCACUGUGUUCAUGCCGUUUGUUAAUAAAGUGACUUUGGGGCUACCCUGUUGUUAUUGCUCAGUGACCAUGACUUCAUUGCAUGUGAUGUUGGCAGCACACUAAAGGCUUGCAUUUCCAGGUCUCUGUUUGAAGUGGGUAAGCUCAAGCUUGAGAUUCCUGAGGUCCAGAGGCAGCCACGCCCUCAAUGCUUAGGUGAGGGACCCUAAUCCGAAACUAAAGAUAGCAGCAGCUGCUAUGCUAUGGGUUUUCAUUUUGUUUUUCUUCUGAGUGUUCUAUUUUAUAGGUUUGGUUAUUCUGCCCGUGUAUGUGUCUGUGCGUCAUGUGCAUAGGGGGCUUACAAAGGCCAGAAGAAGGCCCCUGAUUUGCAACUGGACUUGCAGCCAGUUGUGAAUUACCAUGUGGGUGCUGGGUCUUUUGAUAGUGACCAGUGCUCUUAGCAUGUCUUUAUGACUCUUUUUAGACAGGGUCUCAGAUGGUAUAGGCUGGUUCAAACUCUCAGAAUCAUCCAAGUACUGAGAUGAGAUCCCAGCUGUGCAUGAGGGUUUUUGUUUGUUGGUUCGUUGGUCUUUGAGACCAUCUCAGUACAAUCUAUACAGGUUUAGAACUUUCCAUCCCCCUGCCUCAACUUCUUUAGGGCUAGGACCACAAGUGUGUACCACCAAACCUAGCCAUAAUAGCUUUUUUUUUUUUUUUUUACAAAUUAUUUAUUAUUUUAUGUACAUUAGUGUGAAGGUGUCAGAUUCCCUUGGGAUUAGCAUUACAGACAGUUGUGAGUUGCCAUGUGAGUCAUGGGAAUUGAACCUGUGUUGUUUGGAAGAGGAGACAGUGCUCUUAAACACUGAACCAUCUCACCAGCCCCCAUAAUAGCAUUUUUACCCGGGCUGCUCCAGGGACUAUGGAAAAAUGCUGGUAGCAUGAAUGUCACUGAACCGGGUCAAGUCAGAGUUCAGGGAUGCACAGCUGCUGCAGGCAUCAUUGUUGAGUUCAUCCUUUGCACCCUCUGCAUGCCUAAGCCUACCCCCUCUCGUAUCAGAAAGGAGACAGCCAUCAUUGUUGGCUGAUCCCCACUCUUGGAUCAUUGAGACUCCUUUCUGCCUUCCUCAGCUUAGGACUGUAGUUUCAGGGAAACAAGGCUUUGGUUCAUUCUGGAGAGGAAUUGUGCAUUGAAAACAGAAUGCUGUCAUAGGGUUUGCAUUCAGUUGUAUUUUCCUCCAUAGAACUGUUAUCUCAUUGUUAGGUUCUGAUGAGUGUUUCUGGAAUACUGUGUGUAGAAAGUGGAAACACAUGAAUCUGUCUUUUGCUUUGUUUUGGUUUUGGGUUCUGGGCCAGGGCCUCUCUUACUGGCACUGAGCUGUAUCCCCAGUCACAUAGAUGUAUCUAUUUAGAAAGUUGUUCAGAAACUUGUUGUAGCUGGAGAUGUGACUCCAGCAGAAUGACAAGGCCUGGGGGUGUGGCUCAGGGAUGGAGCCCUGCCUAGAACUCCCCAGUAAGGAGCUCAGAGUUAGAGCCCCUGCCUAGAAUCCCCAAUGAGGGGCUUGGGGUGUGGCUUAGGAGUGAAGCCCCUGCAGGAGUAUUUGAGAGUCUCGAGUCCAUAGGUUCUAGAAACUGAUCCUACUGUACUAUUAAGCAACAGCUCUUUCCUCUGCCAUAACCAGACAUAUAUAACCUGAAGUGACAACCCCACUUUGUGCUUCUGAAGGUCAAACCUGUUAUCCGAUCUUAUCACUGGGAUAUGGAGUUUCAGUUAUUGUUUGUUUGUUGUUGUUGUUUUUUUUUUUUUAACGUACAUUGGUGUUUUGUGUGCAUGUGUAAGAGGAUCGGGUCCCCAGGAUAUAGACAAUGGUGAGCUGCCAUGUGGGUGCUGGGAAUUGAACCUGGGUCCUUUGGAAGAGCAGACAGUGCUCUUAACUGCUGAGUCAUUUCUCCAGCCCCUCAGUUAUUGUUUUUCAGGUUCUGAGCUACAAACCAAAUGUAGGGUGCUGUCUUCUGCCUCCCAAGCACCCAGCUCAGCCUGAAUAGCCCUCUUUUUAUUAUUUCCUUACAACAUAGACACACCAGGCUGUCUGCAAGAGAUCUUGUCAUCCGUCAUGACAAAUGUGCAGUGUGUCUACGCUUAAAAGUAAGCCACCAACAGAGAACUGCAGAAUUCACUCAUCCCCUAGGACCCUGAGAUGGCCCUCUGGCCUGAGGCUCUUCAGACAAGGGCUGCCUUUAGGCUGGCAGCAGGGUCCAUGCUGAAGGGCCUUCAGGGUUCUGUAUGCUUCAUGAUGAGCAAGGCCCAUCUUAGAGUGUAAGACAGCACCAAUAGCAAGAGCGUGUGGAAGAGGCCAUCGUGUGCAUGGAGCAGGGUCCAGGGCCAUCCUGCAGCAGCAUCAACCUCAAGUUUGGGUUUACUUGUGGUCAGAGUGGAGGGACUCAGAAUUUUCAUCCGGACUCUGAUGAGGGCUAAAUUUUACUGUCCCAACUUGGUCUGAAUGGAAAAUACAGUGUUAGCAUGUUCUGUUCCUGCCUCAGGGAUGGCUCCUGCUGCGUCAUUGAGGCCUUGGGGAUGGACUUCAGCAGAGCAUGCCUGCAGCUCUUGCAGACACCAUGGCCGGCCCUGCCAGAAGAUAAAUUUCUCAAAAUGCACUAAUUUCCAGCACAGGGACCCUCUUUUGUGUUUUUUAUGUGCCCAUAGCAUCUACUUGUGGCUGCAUGUAUGUGUGAUGUUCUAACCAGGCAGAGACAGUACAGCCCUCUGCUCAGCAUCAUCCCAUAAAUGCUCUGGGCUAAUGGGCACUUCCUGGUCCUCUUGUCAGCAAAUCUUACACUUCACCCUCUUCCUGGUUUUGUGACUGCAGUGUGCUGUUACCCUGCUGCCAUGACUUUUGGUGGCUUUUGGUGGCUUCUCUGGUACUGUAUGUAGUGAGGGAGAGGCUCUUGGGUGCUUGUUCCUGCCCCAGCAGCAAGGCUUCUGUUUGCUUUGUUUCACUGCCAGCACAUACUGAUCACUGAAUGAAUAUAACUCGGCCUUAUUAGCCAGCUAGCAUCACCCACCCAUGCACUCUGCUGGGAGAUACCUGGAGCUUCCUGCCUUGCCCUCUGUGGACUGGUUGUGUGUGAUACAUGAAGUUUCUUUGUGCAGUGUUACCUUAGCAUCUUACAGCUAAUUUUUUUAUUUAUUUUUAUUUCAUGUACAUUGUGUGAGGAUGUCAGAUCUUGGAGUUAGAAACAAUUGUGAGCUGCCAUUUGGGUGCUGGGAAUUAAACUCCAGUCCUUUAGAAGAGCAACCAGUGUUCUUAACCACUGAGCCAUCUCUCCAGCCCUACAGCUAAUUUUUAAAAGAUUAAUAUUUUUUUUUUAUGUGUUAAGUGUUUUCCCUGUAUGUGUCUCUGUACCAGUGCAUGCAGUGCCUAAGGAGGCCAGAAGAGGGCACUGAAUACACUGGAACUGCAGUUAUGGAUGGUUGUGAACUACCACAUGCAUGCUGGGUCCUCUGCAAGAGCAGCCAGUACUCUUAACCACUGAGCCAUCUCUCAAGUCUCUGUUUGUUUGUUUGUUUGUUUGUUUGUUUGUUUGUUUGUUUGUUUUGAGACAGGGUUUCCCUAUGUAGCCCUGGCUGACCUGGAUCUUCUAUAUAGACCAGGCUAGACUAGAACUCACAGAAAUCUGACUGGCUCUGCCUCCCUGAUUCUGAAUUUUGGGGGGAAGUUGUCUUUUAUUGUUGGGAUUUUGUUUGUGUGGUUUGUGGGAUUAGAGGUUGUUGGUUUCAAGACAGGGUCUGGGGCAGGUGGGAUGGCUCAAAUAUAGGCACUUAGUAUACAGCCAGGUGACUUCAGUUAGAUCCUAGGACCCACAUGAAGGAAGAAGAGAGCCAACUCCUCCAAGUUGUCCUUUGACCUCCACAUGUGGGCCCUACACACACACACAGUGGGGGAAAGAGAAAGAGAGAAUAAAUUUAAUACAUCAGUGUCUCAUUCUGUAGCUUAGAACGAAUUGUGCUGGGAUGGCAGCCCUGCACCAUACCCACUGGAUGUGCUGCUGAGGAGUGCACAGCGCGUUGCUAGGUGUGUGCUCUGCCUGCUGGGGCUGCAGCCUCAGCUCCGGCAAUCUUCAGAUUUGCUCACAUUCUAGCUGGCCAGGAUGAAUGAUGUGGGGAACAGACUGAAAUCCAGCUUCAUUUUUUGGUAGCUAGUGUUGAGUCUGUGGGGUCCCCGCCCCAGGGCAUAAUGUCACUGAUGACAGUUUGGCUCUUCUCUGGAAAGGCUGAGCAAGGGCCAAGCUGUGACAGGCAGACAUUUUCCUUUCAUCCAAUCAUUUCAUUAUCUUCUUAACUAAAUUUGAAUGAAGUAUCUGACAAAGUACCUACAUUUUUCUGUUUGAUAAGAGAUGUGUGCCAUUUGUCUGAAGCAGAGCCAUGCUUUAAAAACAAACCAAGUAUUGGUGUACAUCUUUAGUCCCAGUACUCAGGACUUGCAUAAGAUUAAAAAGCAGGUUAUUAUGAAGUGAGAAGUGUACUGGGUGGAAAGGUUCCGCAGAUACAGCACCUACUGUUCCAAGGACCACAAGCUUGAAGGAAGGAACCAACUCUACAAGUUGUCCUCUGACCUGUUACAACUCUACAAGUUGUCCUCUGCACAUGGUCCUGGCUAGUUGUUUGGUUUGGUUUGGUUUGGUUUUCUUGCUGGGAUGGCAGGACAGCACUGCCACAUCCAGCUCAGGAAAAGUGCUUGAACCCAGGAGUUUAAGGCCAGCCUGGGACUCAUCCAGGAAUCCAAAAUAAUACCAAGAAUUGGUGUAUUCCAAGACCCCUGAAGAGUACAGGGAAGGCUUGCUUAAUCAUCUAUGCCCAGGUGUGUUGUGUGUAUGUGUGUGGAGGGGUAGGUGGGUGUGCUCGUGUGUGUGUGUGUGAGUGCACGUGCGUGCACACCAGAGGCUUCCCCUCCAGCCCUCAAACUUGUGAGCCUAGCUCCUUUGAUCUGUAGUAGGGUUCUAACAAAACAAGUGGAAGGUGCAGGCCACUGGCCUCGACUAGAUUCCUUUCCAGUCUUCAUCUUAAAUAGCCAGGAUAGCCACUUUUGUUACUGAGCAUCUCACAGAUCUGUUAAUGCAGACUUUCGCUCGUUUCCACAGAUGACAGACAUGUACAUCCACACAGUUGUUCCUUCUUUCCUUUCUUGGGGCUUCAUGCAUGUUUUGGGUGACUUUUCCUGGGGUGACAUGACCAAAUGUUGAUUCAACCCAGACAAAGCACCAAACAGAUGAAAGAAAAGAUUUUUGCUCAAUCUAGUGGGGAAAACCUGAGGUUCUUUGUUGCAUGGAGAUGUGACAGACUCAGGGAGAUCUCUGCUCAGUUUGUAGGCUGCUUCCCUGGAGGGGCCUUCCCCUAGCCUACUUCUGCCUUAGAAUGCUGGGGCAGGGGUAGGGAUUGGGAUGGGAGAAUGGGGGUACUCCUCAGCUCAGAAUUUUCUGGGCUUCCUGAGUCUGGUAAAUUGCUGGACCUUCUGAUUCAGAGAAUUCCAGCUGCCAAAUAACUGCUGCCUAAUAGCUGUAAGGCUAGUGCUCCCCAGCUGAGCUACACCCCAGCAUCAACAUCCUCUGAGUUGCUUCCUGGGGAGGACAAGGCUGCUGGCCACUGCUCCUGACAGCACAGGUCCUGGAUAGUCUUCAGAGCCCUUGCCAUGCUGUCGUCGCUCUGUCCGUGGCAUUAGAUAAAUCUGUAGGCUCAAGGAAUAGUCUUUGUCUUUGACCCCCAGCAUACCUGAGACUGUUCUGGUGGUCACUUUUUCAGAGUAAAAGACUUUAAAUCUCCCUUACCCUGGGUAACACUGAACAAUGACCAUUAAUUUUUUAAAGUUCUGGAAGCUGCUGUUAGGGGUGGGUGUCUUCCUGGCCCUCCUCCCAAAAUAUGGAGCUUCCAGGCAGCAGGCAGAAGCUCUGAGGGUAAAGAAGCUGCAGACAGCCAGCUGUUGCCAGCAGCGACCUCAAAGAGAGGACCCCCGCUGAGGGAAAGGGGCCACAAAGGACUCAGUAGCAGCGCAGAACAGGAAGUGUCCUGUCUCUGGUGACGAGAGCUGGGUACCCUAUUCUGAACUUGUGACUGGGCAGACCCAGGGAUCUUCCUCCACACUGGGCAGCUGGUCCCUGGUUGCUCCAGUUUUCUCACUGCAUUUGCACACCUACAUUCUAUGAUUGAAGCUUAGCUGGCACCCUGGAGACUAUGAAGUUGUCAAGCACCGAAGGUUACUGGAUGUAGGGAGAACUUCAGGGGCUGGCCCUAGACCCUCUGCUCUCCACUUGCAUCCCGCGUCCCAGCUGUGCUCACUAGGCCAGGCUUCUUCUGCACCAUCUCCCAGAGGGACUCAGCAAUCCAGCUUCCAGGACUAGAUCAGGGCUGCAGGCCUGGGGACUUGUUUCCACCUCACCCACCAAGUCUCCACAAGUCGCUGGGCUGAGAGAGGAAUCCACGCCUAAAGCUGCUCCGGAGACCGCCACUCACUGUUUCGCUAGGAAGUACAAAGUCAGACAACAACGUGUGGCACAUGCCUUUAACCCCAGCACACAGGCGGCAGAGGCAGGAGGAUUACUCAGAGUUCUGAAGCCAGCCUGGUUUACAAAGUGAGUCCAAGACAGCUAGAGCUACACAGAGAAACCCUAUCUCAAAAAACAAAAACAAAAUAAACAAGAAAGUACAAAGUCAGGAGGAAAGGUGGGCUAAUGUGUGAAACAGGAAAAAUGCUUCUAUGAGGAACCCACUCUUGAAGUCAGCAUUAUUUCAUUCAGAAGGCAAAGGCUUCCUUAUCAGUUUUUUAAAAUGGAGGCAGCAUGUAGACCAACCUGUUCUCAAACUUCCUAUGUACUGAAGACUGGCCUUUAACUCCUGAUCCUCCAGUCUUAGCCUCCUGAGUCCUGGUAUGAACAGCUUGGACCCCUAAAGGCCCCACCCUUCCAAACAAAAGGUGAAACAUCCAACACACUCAGAAACUUACACGACACAAACCAAAGCGAGGACAUGCACCAGUUCUUAUCGGCCAUAACAAAGCAGCAUACACAUCAUGCCCAUGACAAUGCACAUUUGUUCUCUGGUAAUUCAGAAGUGAGAAAUCCAUGAUGGUGGUCCUCAGCAUACAGGCAAAGCUAGCUCCUACUGAAGGCUGGAGUGGAGAUCCCAUCUCCUUCCUGUAUAAGCUGAAGGUUUUAUUGUAGAUGAAAGCAGGCACCAGAGCAGCCUAAACAUAGUCCUCAGAUUGGAUAUGGCUAGGGCUGUCUGUGAAAGAGAGGAGACUAGUAGGGGAUAAAUAAGAAAACUGGGCUGGAGAGAUGGCUCAGUGGUUAAGAGCACUGGCUACUCUUCCAGAGGUUUGAUUCCCAGCACCCAAAUGGCACUGGGUGCAUUAACUGUAACUCCAGUUCCAGGAGACCUGAUGCCCUCCUCUGGCUUGCUUGGGCACUACAUGCAUAUGAUUCACACGCAUGCAGACAAAAUACCCAUGCAUGUAAAAGAAAACAUUUAAAAAAUACUGUAUAACAUUGACUUCAGAGCUCAGCAUGGUGCUGCCCACCUGUCAUCCUAGCGCUUGGGUGGAUGAGUCGGGAAUCACCAGCCUUUUAAGGACUUCAUGCAAGGGACUCGCCUGACAAGUGCUAUCUUUGCCUCAGUGGAAGUAAGAAACCUAACUGGAGGGGUCAUUGUAGGGUAAAAAGUCUGAACACAAGCUGAGUGGUGGUGAUGCAUUCCCAGCACUCAGGAUUCAGUGUCAAGCAGAUCUUCAUGAGUUUGAGGCCAGCCUGGUCUCGGACAGCCAGGGCUAUUACACAGAGAAACCUUGUCACAAAACACACAUACAGAGAGUCAACAAAAAGCAGCCAGGAAUGUGGUGAUGCACACCUGGAACCCCAGAACCUGUGAGGCUGGAGGACUGCCACAAGAACAGCAGCUGGGGCCACUGUGGUGGUUUGAAUGAGAAAUGCCCACAUGGACAUAGGCAACACUUGGUACCCAGUCGGUGGAGAUGUUUGAGAAGAGUUAGGAGGUGUGGCCUUGCUGAAGUAAGUAGAUAGACACUGGAGCCAAGAAAACUCUUCCGUUUAGUGGUCACUUUUAGCCAUGGUGUUUUGGGUUUUUCAGUUGGUUGGUUUGGUCUUCUCUGAGGCAGGGUUUUCUCUGUGUAGCCAUAGUUGUGAUGGCUGUUCUUGGUUGUCAACCUGGCUAUAUCUGGAAUGAAUUAUAAUCCAGAAAUGGAGGGCACCUCUGUGAGAGCUAUUCUGCUUGGUUUGAAGUGGGUGAAUCCACUCCUAGUCUGGACCUUUGAAGGGGGAAGACACAGGUUUUUAAUCUGGAUCUUGAGGUGGAAAAACACACCUUUAAUCUGGGCCACAUCUUUUGCUGGAAGCCUAUAUGAGGUCAUGGAAGAAGGCAGCUUUUGCUCUUGGCUUGCUUGCCCUCCCUUACCAGCAUAUACAUUCCUUCACUGGCAAUGUAGCCUACUUUCCCCCCCCCCGCCCCAGCAUAUACAGAAGACCAGCUGAGACACCCAGCCUUAUGGGAGUAAACAACUAUUAGAUUCUUGGACUUUCAAUUCACAGCUAGGCAUUGUUGGAUUGGUUAGACCACAGUCUUUAAGUCAUUUCAGUAAUUCUUUAUAUGUAUUUAUUCCCUAAGUUCUGUAACUCUAGAGAACUCUGAUAAAUGCAGCUGUCCUGGAACUUGCUCUGUAGACCAGGCUAGCCUUGAAUUUAAGAGAUCAUCCUACCUCCUGAGUCCUGGGACUAAAGCAUUGUCAUUAAAUGGCUUAGUUAUGCUGUUUUAUCAGCAACAGAAAAGUUGGUAGCUGGGUGGUGGCAGCUCACAUCUUUAGUUACAGCACUCAAGAAGGAGGCAGAGGCAGGCAGAUCUCUAAGUUCAAGCCCAGCCUGGUCUACGGAACAAACUCCAGGACAGUGGGGCUACACAGAGAAACCCUGUCUUGAAAAAAAUACAAGAAAACAAGUUGGUACUAGAGAGUGCACUGUUGUUUUAACAGCCUUGACUGUUUCUUAGAAGAAUGUGGAAGACUUUGGACUAAAAAUAGCAGUUGACCCCUGUAAAAGGUCAUCUUAGUCCUAGUAGGAGCCUGGAAGACAGCAGUGCUCAGAGUGAUGUGGACUGUGAAGGCACAGCUCAAGAGGUCUCAGAGGGAACAGUAUCAGCAACUGGGCUGGAGACCAUCCCUGGACUGUCUUGGCUGAGAAUGUGGCUGCUUUCUGUUCUUGCCUGGGGAACUUAUCUGAGGCUAAAUUAAAAAGCAGUGGACUCAUUUCUUUGGUGGAGGGAAUUCUAAUGUUAUAUAUGUCUGUGAUUAUUGUUGUUAAUGAUUAUGCAGGUCUUCAAUAAAAGAGGGCAAUGGGGCAGGAAGAAACAUGAAAUGUAUAGGUUGAAGAGGGAGAAAAGAUACCCAGGAGGCUCAGUCUUACACUGAAGGGCUGAAUUGCUGAGAUCAGCACCAGUGAAGUCAGGCCUGCUCUACCCUGGAACAAAGGGAAUGAGUCCCUCAGAGGAAGGCCCACCCUGUUAAGCUUCCUCCCACCAAGGCAAAGCUAGCCUGUGGCAGCAGAAUCCAUGCUUCAUGUGCUGAAGAGGCCAUUGUGUGAAGCUAUGGAAGUGAAGCCUGGGUUGCACUGGAAACCCCAAGAUAUCAGAGAUGCCAGAUUAGUGGGAUGUCUGCCAAGGAACUGGAACCAGCCUGAAAGAGGCAGCAAGACUGGAUGCACAGAGACAUCUCAGCCCUGAGACCAGAUAUGGAGCUACAGGCUUGGAGUUAGCCAUGGUUUCAGCUUUUCUCACUAUGCCCCUAUUCCUCCUUUCUGGAUGGUAAUGUGUAUUCUGUGCCAUUGAAUGUGAGAAGUACAUAAUUUGUGUUUUGAUUUUAUAGGGGAUUACAAUUAAGGGACUGCUUUGAGUCUCACAAGAGACACUGGACUUCUAAGCAGUGUUGAGACUGUCAGACUACGGGGACUUUGAGGUUGGGCUGAAUGUUUCUUGAUAUGGCUGAGCCUAUGGGAAUCAAGUAGAAUGUGGUAGUUUAGAAGAGAAAGGGCCUCUAAACUCAGAUGUUUGAACAUCUGGUCCCCAGUCUGGUGCUAUUUGGGUAGGCUUAGGAUGUGGUCUUGCUGGAAAAAAGAUGUCACUGGGUCUGGACCCCACACUGUAGCUGAGAAUGACCCUGAAUGCCUGAUCCUGCCAUUACCUCCAGUUUUGAGCGAUAGCUCACUACAUCCCUAGGUGAUCCCAUUUCUUUCUACAUCCUGGUACUCACCAAGUUUGGUUCCUGCUGACAAUGCUGCCAGGGACUGCCUCCCACUCUGUGUGUACAUAUGUCUGCUCCAAUUGCUUCCUUUGAAGAAAUUCCAAGACUUUUACACACCAGAUCAGAGUGUAUAAAACACUGACCGGUCUCAGUCGAAGCAUCACCUUUUCAGAUAUGUCCUGGUUGUCCUGUACAGAGUGACCUUUCCCCUUCCUGCUGUCCGAGCUGCACUCUGCUUCAAAAGUUGUGUCUGUUCUUUGGAGUUAUCCUUGUUUUUUGAGGCCAUGUAGCUCUACAGGCCAACUAACUGUCCUUUCCCUCCCUGGUGCUGGAAUGACAGGUGUGUAUACCACAACUAGCUUACAGUCUUGCUUUCCUGAUGGCCAGAAGGUGGCUUUAGUUCUUUUGGAACUGGAGUUACAGAUUCUUGUGAGCCACCAUGUGGGUGCUGGGAAUAAAAUCUAUGUCUUCCUGAAGAGCAGCCAGUGCUCUUAAGCUCUGGGCCAUCUUUCCAGCUACCUCAUCCCUACUUUCAGAGACAGUUUCUGCUAGUGUUAUUUUUAAAAAUGUAUGUUGCAGUUUCUCUCUUAACCUGGCUAGCACCCAAAUAAUUGAGACUGGACUGUGUUAUUUCUUUAAUAAGCUUUACAGCACAACAACUUAACAAUAUUAAUCCCCUAAGUUAGUCUGGCUUCCUUCCAGAGUAAAUCCCCAAGACACAUGUACUUUUUGGCUUUCUCUGCUCCAGCUGCUCUUUUCUCAUGAUGUCUCCUGGACCUCUGCUCCUGGCUGAAUCCCUACCCCACCCCACCCCUUCUUUUCUCCUCCCUGGCUGCCAGGAAGUCCAGCCCUAUUCUCUCCCCUACUCAGUGACUAGCUGUUAAGUUGCUUUAUUGAUAUAUCAGGGGACAAUUGGGGAGCCAAGUUUGGAUAGGAGAUUCUCAGAACAAGGAUUACAACCAGAUAUGGGGACAUAAAAAUUGGCAUUUGAAUCUAUACACAGUACACAAUAACAUUAUGCCUACAAAUUUCAUAUACUCAUUGCCUAGGCUGGCCUCAAACUCAACAUGUAGCCAAUUUUGCACCUGAAUUCCUGGUCCUCUUGCCUCCAGUUUCUGACAGUUAAGACUACAUUUGCAUUUCAGGCAGGAGGAUUACAAGUUCAAGCCUUGGCUUGACAAGAAAAAAAAAAAAGUGAAAAUAAGGCUGGCCAGAUGGCUGAGCAGGUAGAGCCAACUGCCACCGAGCCUAAGACAAUCCCCAGGAUGUUGGAAGAAGGGAACUGAUUCUCGCCAGUUGUCCUCUCCACGUGUGCAGUGACACAUGCGCAACACACAAAAACCAAACUUAAGUAAAUGAGCCUAUGCACAGUAUUUUAGUUUGAAACUAGAAAAUGGGAGUCAGGCAGUCUGGAGGCAGAGGAAGAUGAAUCUCUAUGAGUUUGAGCCUAGCCUGGUCUAUAGAGUGAAUUCUAGGACAGCCAGGGCUACACAAAGAAACCCUUUCUCAAAACAAACACACACGGGGUUUUAUGGAAGAAGGGGGAUAUAGAAGGACCUUGGAGGGACAGGAGCCACACAAAGAGACCAACAGUGCCACAAAAAGCAGGGCCCAGGGGGAACUGCAGAGAACAAUGCAUCAACCAAAGACCAUACAUAGAGAGGACCUAGAACCUUGCUCAUAUGUAGCCCUUUGACAGCUCAGUCUCCACGUGGGCUCCCUAGUAAGAGAAGAGACAGUCUCUGACAUGAACUCAGUUGCCUGCUCCUUGGCCAAUUCUCCCCAGUGGGGCAACCUAGCCAGCCCACAGAGGAAGAGGAUCCAGGCAGUCCUGAUGAGACUUGAUAGGCUAGGUAGGGAAGGAGGACUUCCCCUAUCAAUGGACUAGAGAAGAGGGUAAAGGGAGGAAGAGGGGAGGGGGGCUACAACUGGUAUACAAAGUGAAUAAAUUGUAAAUAAUAAUAAUAGUAAACAAAUAAAAUCAGAAAAUGUGAAGAGAUGGCUCAACAGUUAAAAAUGCUUGCUGCUUUCAGAGGACCAGAGUUCAAUUUCACCACACCUACAUGAUAGCCCUCUCCUGCAUGCCUCAAGCACACACACACACCUUUUUUAAUUGAUUAAUUAAUUUUUUGAGACAGGGUUUCUCUGUGUAGCCUUGGGCUGUGCUGGACUCCCUUUGUAGACCAGGCUGGCCCUGAACUCACAGAGAUCCACCUGCCUCUAACUCCCAGGGUGCUGAGAUUAAAGGCAUGUACCACUACUACCAAACAUAAAAAUUAAUCUUUAAGAAAAUAAAACAAGCCAAGGGUGGGGGCACACACCUUUAAUCACAGCACUCAGGGAGGCAGAGGCGGAUGGAUUACUAUUGAGUUCGAGGCCAGCCUGGUGGACUAAAUGAGUCUAGGACAAGCAAGGCUAUACAGAUAAACCAUGUCUCAAAAAAAUCAAAAAAAAAAAAAAAAAAAAGAAAGAAAAAGAAUACAGGAAGAGCCAGGUAUGGUGGUGGUGGAUGCCUGCAAUUCUAGUGUUUGGGGGUGGUGGAGGCAGCAUAAAGAGUUCAAGGCCAGGGCUGGAGGGUACAGCAGUUAAGAGCACUUGUUCUUGAAGAAGGACCAGGAAUUCAAUUUCCAGCACACACAGGGUAGCUCACAACUGCCUAUAAUUCUAGGUCUGUCUUCCGGCCUCUGUGGAUAUGAGGCAUGCAUAUAGGUGCACAGGCAAUACAUUAACAUCGAAUAAAUACUUAGAGACAGGGUCUCCAUCCAUAUUCCCUUGUCCUUGAACUAUGUUCACAGAGAUCCUCCUGCCUCCCUCUGAGUUUUGGUAUUAAAGGCAUGCACCACCAUGCCAGGCAAAUAAAAAAAUAUAAAAAAGUAAAAAAUAAGAAAAAAAAAAAAAAGAAAGUUCAAGGAUAGUCUAGGCUACAUAUAAUGCUCCCAAAACCUGCGAAAAGGUCUAAAGUAAUCCAGCCAGCAGAUUAAUUGAAUGAUUUCCAAUAUGGUUCCUGACUUGACCUGUGCACAGCUAAUGGCCUGUUUAACCUAUAAUUCUUGUUUUGAAAAAAGACAUACUAUACUAGUGACUGACAAUUAAGAUAACAGGUCUGCAGGGCAGGAGGGGGCACUUAAUUCCAGCUUUUUUUGGUGGGAGGAGACUCAGGUGUAUCUCUGUGAGUUCCAAACUAGCCUGGUCUACACAGUGAGUGCCAAACCUGCUAGAACUCCAAAGUGAGAUCCAGGCCACCCAGGGCUGCAUAGUGUAAGAGCCUGUCUAAGGGGGAGAAAAAAAAAAGAAAACCAAAAUCAACUAAUGAUAAUAGUAAUAAAAGUUGGCACACCUAUAAUCCUCCUGCACUAGGGAGGCACUGGCAGGAACAAACAUUAGACCAGCUCAGGCUUCACAAAUCCAGCCCCAAUACUCCCAAAUUUAGGAGCUAGUGUUGAUGGAGGAACUUGUUUAAUCUGUUUAUCGGUGAGAUUAAAUGUAUCUUCAGAAUGGGCUGCUUUCCAAUUUGGACCAUGAACUUCAAACAUGUGCCAGGGAGAGAGUGUAUUUGAGAAGUAUUUGUUCCUGGUCAUUCUACUGGUAUAAUGCCAUGUGCAAAAUCAAGAAACAAGCCAUGAUAAAGCUUUUAUUUUUCCAGGGGCAGAUGAAAGGGCAGGAUCCUACUACAUAGUACGGCUAGUCUGGAACUGUGUAGACCAGGCUGGACUCGAACUCAAGAGACCCUCCUGCCUCCCGAGCACUGGGAUUAAAUGGUUGGCUUUUUCCCACCUCAGAUGCUCCCUAAAAGUGUAACAAAUUCAGCCGGCAAGCACGCCUGUAAUCCCAGCACUCUGGAGGCAGAGGCAGGUGAAUUUCUGUUAGUUGGAGGGUAGCCUGGUCUACAAAGUGAGUACAGGACAGGAUUCUACAUACAGAAUCCCUGGCUCGAAAAAAAAAAAAAAAUCAAAUUCAAAUUAACAGGUGUUAAUUCAAAAUUAACAGGUGUCGCCCAGCUCUCAGGGGCACGUUUUCCCUUUCCGUUUCAAGACUGGAUUUUGAAGGUAACAACACAAAAAGGAAGUUGUAGUCUAGUACGCUAAACUCGGAGCUCGCCCGCCCACCCACCCCUUCAUCUGUAUGGGUCACCAGCCCUUGUACUUGACCUCCUUCGUUUCUUGGUUUGACCUAAAACUCCAGGUGACCUUGGCGCUUCCUUUCCUCCUCGGUGAAGCGUUCCCGUUUUCAAGCACCUGAGAUGCAAAGCGAGUGGCGCUCGGUCCCCCGGAACGCGGAGGGGAGGACGACGGGCUGCAGCUCCGCAACAUGCCGUGCAGACGCAGGCUGACCACCUCCAGCCCGGCACCUUCUCAAGCCGGCGACAAAGCGGUGCUUCCUCCUGAGUUCGCCCCCGCAAGGAUGCAGAGCAGAGGUGUCAGCGUCACGCAGGCCUUGCAGACUCGCGCCCUCUGCGGAGGCAGCGGCUCCCAGACGUGCCCUUAGGUCCCCUCAGCGCGCGGGUCACACGGGGACACACACUGCCCUGCAGACCCGCGCCUCUGGGCUCUGCAGCGGCGACGGCUACGCAGAGCUCCUCCGAGGUCCUUGCGGUGCGGAUCACCGCUGUCCUCCUCAGCGUCUCCACAGCCGUUCCAGCCCCACGUUCCUGGACGCAGGAGGAGCUCAUCCGAGAGGAGGGUCAUCCCACUCCGUAGCCCCGAGCCACCUGGUGGAAAAGUCGCAGUUCCAGAACGCAGCCGGUGCGCUUCCGUCAGGAAGCCCCGCCCUCCGGCUGGGGGUGGGCGUGGUCCUCAGGCGGCGUCCGUUGCCCCGCCCAACUGCCUCCCAACGGCUCUCGAGGUCGAGCCGAGAAGUGGGGCGGCACCAUCUGGCAAAUUGCGCAUGCGCGCGCAUGCGCAGAACCUAUAGGCGGAGCUCCCUAGUCAGCCCUUCCCUACCCCAGCGUCUCCUCCCGCCCCCAUCUCCCAACCUCCUCAGCGUGGCGCCGACGCUGCGUGCGGCGCGGGUUACCCAGAGUGCUCAGCGCGGGGGCAGCUCACUGGAGUUUGGUUCUCGAGGCGGCGGUGGCGGUGGCGGCGGCUCCUCCGUCGGCGGCUCCUCCUUGCUCGGCGGCGGCGGCGGCGGUCCGGGGCCCGAGCUCCGGUCCCCUCCGCUUCCCACCGUCCUCCGCCAUCUCCCCGAGCGCCCCGACCUCCUCUGGCGCCGCGGGGAACAUGCGGCUCCGUUCCCGGAGGCCGGCGAGUGACUGACCCGCGUCCACCCGCCUCAGCCCGCCCGCCCGCCGGCCCGGCCGCUCCCCCCCGCUUCGCCCAGGCAAUGACAGCGGCUCCGACGUCUCCGCAGCAGAUGAGGGACCGGCUGCUGCAGGCCAUCGAUUCCCAGAGCAACAUCCGGAACAUGGUGGCAGUAUUGGAAGUGAUCUCCAGUCUGGAGAGAUACCCCAUUACCAAAGAGGCACUGGAGGAGACACGACUAGGGAAGCUCAUCAAUGAUGUCCGCAAGAAAACCAAGAAUGAGGAACUGGCCAAGCGGGCCAAGAGGCUGCUGCGGAGCUGGCAGAAGCUCAUCGAGCCGGUGCACCAGAAUGAGGUGGCACUACGGGCGCUGGCAGGGGCUGCAGGCUCUGCCAAUGGGGGUGCACACAACUGCCGACCGGAGGUGGGAGUGGCUGGCGCACCCAAGAACAUCCAUGACCUGAAGAAUCGCAAUGACAUCCAGAGGCUCCCUGGGCAACGGCUAGACCGGCUGGGCAGCCGUAAGCGAAGGGGGGACCAGCGUGACCUGGGCCACCCAGGGCCACCUCACAAAAUUUCCAAAGCCAGUCCUGAUCCCCUAGUCCCCAAUGAAUCCCCUUUCCCCACCAACGGGAUCAGUGGGAGCCCAGAGAGCUUACCUAGCCCCCUGGAUGGCAGUGAGCACUUGGGCCCUGACAGCAGCCGCCUGGAGCCAAGUGAGAACGAGAAGCACAGCACCAAGAUCCCCGUGAACGCCGUACGGCCUCGCCCUAGCUCCCCUGGCCUGGGCAAGCUCCCCAUGCCCUGCCUGCAAACCAAGACCACACAGCUACAGCAGCUGGACAGGGCGGAUGAGCCACCAUGCCCUCCCCAUCCCAGGGGGUCCUCUCGCUGCUCUUUCAGCCCUCGGAACUCACGGCACGAAGGUUCCUUUGCUCGGCAGCGGAGCUUGUAUGCACCCAAGGGUCCUGUGUCUAGUCCCUCCCCACGGCCCCAGCCACUGGACACCACGCAGCUGCCAUCACCACUCCCACUGGCCCAGCCGUCCACGCCCCCUGUACGGCGGUUGGAGCUGCUCCCCAGUGCUGAGAGCCCUGUGCACUGGCCAGAGCAGCCCGAGGGCCAUCCACGGCUAAUGGGGCCGGCCUGCAGGGCUGGGUUGUCCCCAGAUUCCUCCAAGGCGGACAGUGAUGCUGCCUCUUCGGGUGGCUCAGACAGCAAAAAGAAAAAGAGGUACAGACCUCGAGACUACACAGUGAACUUGGACAGACAUUUGGCUGAGGCCGGUGUCAAGCCUGUGCGGUUAAAAGAGCGGAAGCUCACCUUUGACCCCAUGACGAGACAGAUCAAACCUCUGACUCAGAAAGAGCCAGUGCGGGCUGACAGCCCCGCACCCACGGAGCAGCUCCCAAGGACAGAGCUGGACCAGCAGGAGGCCAAAGCCAGCCUCCAGAGCCCUUUUGAGCAGACGAACUGGAAGGAGCUGUCUCGUAACGAGAUCAUACAGUCCUACCUGAGCCGCCAGAGCAGCCUGCUGUCGUCAUCGGGUGCGCAAACCCCCGGCGCGCACCACUUUAUGGCUGAGUACCUUAAGCAGGAGGAGAGCAGUCGGCGAGGGGCCCGGCAGCCUCACGUGCUGCUGCCGCUGCCUACGCCCACUGACCUCCCAGGGCUCACGCGGGAGGUCACGCAGGACGAUCUGAACAGAAUCCAGGCUCAGCAGUGGCCAGGGGUGAACGGGUGUGAGGACACACAGGGUAAUUGGUAUGACUGGACAAAGUGCAUAUCGCUCGACCCCCAUGGCGACGAUGGGCGCUUGAACAUUCUGCCUUAUGUCUGCUUGGACUGAGCGUCUGGCCUGGCCAUCAAGUGCAUUCCCACCUUGUAGGGUCUAGGCUAGCCAGCCAGGAGGGUGGCCAUGAGGCUCGCUCUCCACCCUCCUUUUGUGAAAUGCUGCUACCAGUUUACUAACGAUUGCAAAGGAAGGGCCGCUUGGAAGGGCAGAUGGCAGAGGGAGUCCAGAACUCUGUAACAAGCCAGCGAUAAAGCGCUAGUCUCCCAUCCCAAAAGAGGUGCAGAACUCCUCUAGCACCGAAGGCGGGGAUCCCCAUGGCAGGCAGGCACAGGAACCCUGUGGGAGAUGUUGCUUAACAGCAACAGACGCACACCUCAUCUCUCCAUCUCCUGCUCUUUGGCCCUGGUGUCUCUGAGGCACAGGCUAUUCUCUGGCCUCUGCCGAGCCAGUGUUUUCCCUCGUGUUGUAUGCUGGAAGCUUCUCUGCUGUGGUGAGCCCUGGCAUUGUGUGGGUGGGCUAGCCUCAUCCACACUGCACAGGCAUCCUACUCGUUUGUAUAUGAUUUCAGUUCAAUCCCAGUUCUUAAAGAAAUGCUGCAGAAACUUCAGUUAUCUCGUUUAUUUCAUCUUCUCCACCUGACCACCAGCCAAAUGACUUUCCCUUUCCUUUCCUUUUCUGCACAUCUCUAGAAAAUGCCAUCUUUCUAGAUCCCUCAACCCCACAAAGUUCUCGAGGGUGCUACUGGCGUAAGAGUUGCCCUGCUGGGCGAAGGGAGAGCCGUCUGUUCGCUGGAAACACUCAUAACCAUUCCUUUAGAUUCGUUUGCCUUAUGGUUGUCAUAAACGCGAUUUGCAAAAACAAGGAGCCUUAGUGAAUGUACAGAACCUAGUCUUCUGUGUUCGCGCAGAAGGGAGCAACUUUGCUAUUUGGUCCAGUAAGUGGACAACUUGUGAUAUAAAUGUGGAAAUAAAAAAAAAACAUUUGCACAAA